AUGCCCGGAUAUGCUAAGUUUAUGAUGGAUAUGGUGAAAAAGAAGAGGUCAGUUACAAGGUCUCGUGUGCAAAAGAAGUAUGAUCCAGGUGCCUUCACUAUUCCAUGUAAUAUAGGGUUUCUACACUUUGCGAAGGCACUGUGUGAUCUUGGUGCGAGCAUAAAUCUUAUGCCAUUGUCUAGUUAUAAGAGUUUAGGCUUGGGACACCCAAAGACUACCACGAUGCGGUUACUGAUAGUCGAUCGAACUGUGAAGAGGACAUUAGACGUAGUCCAUGAUGUGUUUGUGAAACUGGAGUCGUUUCCUAACGACUUUGUGAUUCUUGACCGUGAGGUUGAUUUUGAGGUCCCCAUUAUCCUAAGGGGACAAUUCCCUGCCACUGGGCACUUUAGUCGAUAUGGAAAAAGCACAGAUGAUGUUUAA